ACAGAAGUGUUGGCCAGAACCAUCGAGUAUCUGCAGCCCAACCCAGCCUCGCGGGCCAAGCUGACGAUGCUCAACACGGUGUCCAAGAUCCGAGGGCAGGUGAAGAACCCUGGCUACCCGCAGUCGGAAGGCCUGCUGGGCGAGUGCAUGAUCCGCCACGGGAAGGAGCUGGGCGGCGAGUCCAACUUCGGCGAUGCCCUGCUGGAUGCUGGAGAGUCCAUGAAGCGCCUGGCUGAGGUGAAGGACUCCCUGGACAUAGAGGUGAAGCAGAACUUCAUCGAUCCCCUCCAGAACCUGUGCGACAAGGACCUGAAGGAGAUCCAGCACCACCUGAAGAAGCUGGAGGGCCGCCGCCUGGACUUUGACUACAAGAAGAAGCGGCAGGGCAAGAUCCCCGACGAGGAGCUGCGCCAGGCCAUGGAGAAGUUUGAGGAGUCCAAGGAGGUGGCCGAGACCAGCAUGCACAACCUCCUGGAGACCGACAUCGAGCAGGUGAGCCAGCUCUCCGCCCUGGUGGAUGCCCAACUGGACUACCACCGGCAGGCCGUGCAGAUUCUGGACGAGCUGGCUGACAAGCUCAAGCGAAGGAUGCGGGAAGCCUCUUCACGCCCCAAGCGGGAGUAUAAGCCCAAGCCCCGGGAGCCCUUGGACCUCGGAGAGCCUGAGCAGUCCAACGGGGGCUUCCCCUGCGCCACGGCCCCCAAGAUCACAGCUUCGUCAUCUUUCCGAUCUUCCGACAAGCCCACCCGGACCCCCAGCAGCAGGAGCAUGCCGCCCCUGGACCAGCCGAGCUGCAAGGCCCUGUACGACUUUGAGCCUGAGAACGACGGGGAGCUGGGCUUCCACGAGGGCGACAUCAUCACGCUGACCAACCAGAUCGAUGAGAACUGGUACGAGGGCAUGCUCCACGGCCAGUCCGGCUUCUUUCCCCUCAGCUACGUGGAGGUGCUGGUACCGCUGCCCCAGUGACCGCGUCUCAGUGGUGUGCCGGCCCGCCGCCCCUCCAUCCAGAUCUCUGCAUUCCACGGGCCCGCAGCCAGGCAGUGCUCACAGCCUGCGGGGUGGCCCGCUCGGGGCCUGACCCAGCCCCAGGGCGGCGGGACCCCUGUUUACACUAGCGCUCACCCCCGGUGGUGGGGGCUCCCUUCCCCACUCCACGUGGCCGUCUCGGGGGCUGGGCAGUGUUCCUCCUUCCUGCUGCUCACAACUCUGCCCCCCCAGCUCCGCCCACCCCACCCUGGAGGCUCACACUAAGGUGCUCUUAGAAACACUAACUCCUCCCGCCCCUCCAGGGACUGGUAACUCCAGGUGGGCCCCCCUUCUCUCUCUCCUCUCCCUCUCCUCUCCUCUCCUCUCUCUCUUCCUCUCACACAGACACACACACGCGUGCGCGCACGCAGACGCAUCCUCUCCCACCUCCAUCCAGCUCUGCCUGGAGACCUGCCCUUAACAGGAUAGGACUGAACAUCGGUGUGAUGGGGUGGUCUGGGUGAGACCCCUGGCUGAGACUCUCCACUCUGCUUUUAAAUACCCCCUGGACACUACCAGCCCCCUCCAGAGCUCCUUAGGCCCCUGAGUGCCUACAGAUGCUACCUUCCUGGAAGGGUUUCACCCCUUUCUUCUGGCUGGGGACUUGGGGAAAGGUGAGCCUGGGGUUCACAGGAGCCAGGGCCCCUAAAGACAGGCCAUCUCCCCCCUGCAGGGCACUAAGCCCCAAACACCCGUGCCUACCACCGCAUCCCAAGUCAAGCACCCAGCGCGCACGCGUGUGUACACACACACACACACACACACACACACACACACACACACACACACACACACACACACACACACACACACACACACACACGACCACGGGAGCCCAGCCUCCACUAUGUGGAAGGUCAAGCACAAAGGCUUUGUUAAGUGAAUGUUCCCAGACCCCUGGCUGCUGGGACCCCUGGGGGAGUCAUGGGCACCACCCUGGUGAACCAGCCACCAUACCCUCUUUGGACAGUGGUCCAGGCCAUCUCCUCCAGACCAAGGUAGGCAGCUGCCCAGACCAGCAGGGCCCCAGCCCUGCACCCACUUCCCCUCUUGCCUAAUCAAAAACUUGGCUAAACAGGGGACCCCGGGCCUGGUUCACAUUCCCCUCCUCUGGUGACCGGUAAAGCCCCCAAGGACACCAGGCCCUCCUUGCUCCUCCGAGAGGCCCCCGGUCACCAGUACCUGGAGGAGACACAGACAUCGGAGCCUAGGGCAGAUCAAAAUGUAAUCCUGAUUUUUUAAAAAAAGUAUUAAAUGUCUCUUUCUACA